AUGUGUUCAUGGUUUAGACUUCGAUGGCUACCAUUAAUGGUUUUGUGUUGUUUGGGACUGCUCGGUUUAAUAUUCGCAGGCGUAAUCGUGAUCGCCCUAAUUCCACUGUAUUUACAAAGACAUGAUAUUAAUGGCCGGCAACGAGAAAGUGGUAUUAUUCAAACAAUUUACAAUUUGCCCGCAUCUGAUGGGUCAUUGAAUGUAGGUGGGCAAGUACCACAAUUAGGAUAUGAAGUGUUACAAAAUAUAGUAAGAGGUUGA